AUGGCAGGGGACACUCCCUGGACACUGAUCGGUCGUUUGAAGUAUUGCUACGACUAUCUCAAGGCAGUCCUACUGACUUCCAUCUUGAUGUUCUUCAACGCAUACGAUAUCUUGUUGGUGAACUUGGCCGUCUCGCUACUGGGUGUCCUUGUUUGGGAGGGUAUCAAAGUUCAUCCCGAACCCAAGUCCGCCUACUUUGAGAUCUCGCUCAAAGCCGCCGCCUCCACUGCCUUCACCGUGAACCAACUUCUCUUUGGGUGGCUUGCUGGAAAGGUUGGCCAUGAGAAGAUGUACGUUCUCGUAUCAGGUAUCAUCGUCUCAGUCAUCCUGGCCCAGAUCUUAGGCACUGUUGCGCCUGGUAUGGAGACUAUGGCUACUCUACUCUUUUGGCGUCUUGCUUGGGGAAUCGCCAAUGUAUGGGGCAGUCCACUGGCCCCUGAUAAUCAGCCAGGGCACCAUGCAGAUAUGAUGCCUCAUAUCUCUGUGUACGAAGCUCUCGCUUUUUUGGCGGUGCCACCGAUAUUCAUUGCUCUCGCACUGGGAUCUGCCAGAUCUGCCCAGAUGCGUGGAGAGUCCGAUCACGAGAGUGGCUUGGGUCAAAUCAUCAUUGACAAACUUCUGUACAUGGGCCAGAGAUUCGCAGCUAUUGUACCAUGCGCGGUGCUUUUCUACCGGAUGACAACCCUCCAUGUGGUCGAGGGUCCACCUUACCCCCGGGGAUAUGUCCCACGAGCUCCCGCCCCCAGCCCGGUCCUGUACCCGAUUCGGACUAUCGCCAGAGAAUGUUUUGCAGAGUGGAAGAAUUUCCAAGAGCUGCUGGGUACCGCAAUCUCGGUCUGCUUUCUUGAUCUCGCUAUCUACGGUCUCGGCAUGAACGGUUCAAUCAUUCGGGGCACACUCGGUUCGCAGGUCGGGCACAACGACCACGAGACUUUCUGUUGGAACGCGGUCGUCAAUCUCAUCGUCGUUGCUGCCGCGUCUGUCCCCGGUUACUGGAUCACGCUGGGGACUAUGGUCGUUCUCGCUCGCCGGCCUAGUUUCCUUCCAGGCUUGCUCCUCCUGUCUGGCACCCUUUUCGUUAUUGGGGUCAAUGAUAAUCCAGUGCAGUCACUGCACAACGGGUUGCUCACCAUAUACCUGGUGGUGCAGUACGCCUACAGCUUCCAACCAAAAACAAUCCUCCUGCUGCUGCCAAAUGAACGGUUCCAGACAUGCUUCCGACGUUCUCGCACAUUGAGAUUUGGAGUCGCUGCCAUUUGUGGCAAGCUCUGCGCCAUCAUCAUACAAACAGUCCUCGAACAGUGUGGAUACGUUACCACUGGGAAUGAGCAAGCUACAAUGGCGUGGCUGAAUCUCGCAUCGCAGUUCAUCGGCGGGUUUUUUCUAUGCGGCAUUCUGGCAACCUUGUUCCUGCCUAUCUACAGGGAUAAUAUCCUUGAAGAGCUGGCUGAGGAGUUUGAGAUGCAGAGGCUUAUGCGGGAGUGGUCGUGA